AUGAAGUCCAGCAGCUUCUUCCCUUUCAUGGUGCUCCUUGCACUGGGGAUCCUGGCAUCCUGGCCUGUGGAAGGAGUUAAAAAAGAUUCUAUCAAAAUUGGAGCCUGUCCUUCUGUAAGGCCUGCCAAAUGUCUUAGGCCUGGGAAACCCCAGUGUGAUUCUGACUGGCAAUGCCCAGGAACUCAGAGAUGCUGCCAAGGUCCUUGUGGUAUCAUAUGCACUAAUCCUCUUCCCAUCCACAGACCAGUGAGGAGGAAGUCUGGGAAGUGCCCAACAAUUCCAGGACAAUGUUUGAUGUUGAAUCCUCCCAAUAAGUGUGAUAGGGAUGGCGAGUGUGAGGGCAAAUAUAAGUGCUGUCCGGGCAUGUGUGGGAGAAUCUGCCUUCCUCCACAGUAA